AUGAGCGAUCUUCAGAGGGCCUGGGCCAAGGCGAAGCUAGGGAUCGCGCAUGAUGCAUUUGACGAGGCUGAGGAGGAAUACGCGGCUGAUGCGCCAGACGACGAUUCAUCAUCGGCAUCGUCCGCGUCUUCGGUAUCCUCAACAGGCACCAUUGUGCCAACCGCAAACCAACGACUCUUUGCGCGACCAAACGGAGUUUCCAGGGGCCGGACAUUGGAGCAGAUCCCAUGGACGACAUAUUUUGAGAGAGAAUUGUACAUGGAGUCGGAGGACCACUCGGUCAAAUUUCACGCCUAUCUCAGCUCACCAGUUGAAAAAGGACCUCUGUUUGUAAUGCACCAUGGAGCUGGGUCAUCGGGGCUGUCGUUUGCAUUGGUUGGUUCCGAGAUUCGCAAGAGGAUGCCCAACGCUGGCAUCUUCGCCGUGGACUGUCGCGGGCAUGGCUCAACCACCACCACAAACGAGGGCGACGUGGACCUGAAGCUGCAGACGCUCUCUUUAGAUCUUUUGUUCAUGAUUGAGGCGGUCCAGAAGCAGAUGAACUGGGCCUCGCUGCCGCCCCUCGUCCUCGUAGGACACUCUCUCGGCGGCGCCGUCGUGACCGACCUAGCCAGCACGAAGAAGCUCGGGCCGUCACUGCUCGCGUACGCCGUGCUCGACGUCGUCGAGGGGUCCGCCAUCGACGCCCUGCAGAGCAUGCAGACCUACCUCUCCACGCGGCCCAGCGGCUUCACGAGCGUCGAGUCGGGCAUCGACUGGCACAUUCGCACGCGGACGGUGCGCAACUCGACGUCGGCGCGCGCCUCGGUCCCCGCGCUGCUGCAGAGGGACGACAUGCCGGGCCUCGAGCGGCCGUGGCGGUGGCGGACCAACCUCGCGGCCACGCAGCCCUUUUGGGAGGACUGGUUCGUCGGGCUGAGCAAAAAGUUCCUGGGCGCGCCGGGCGGCAAGCUGCUGCUGCUCGCGGGGACGGACCGCCUGGACACGGAGCUCACGAUUGGCCAGAUGCAGGGCAAGUACAAUCUGCAGGUGUUUCCCGAGGCGGGCCACUUUAUCCACGAGGACAUGCCGGAGCAGACGGCCGUCAGCCUGGUGGACUUUUACAAACGCAACGACCGGAGCCAGCUGGUGCUGCCGCCCAAGGUGUCUGAUUUGCUGAGGCAGGGAAAAAAGAACCGGAUAAAAAGAGCUACGUUUCAUAUCCUUGGCUGUAACUGUAGCUUUCAGUUGCCGAUGCCAAAGGCACCGGUAAAGAGGGACGGCCUUGGAUGGCAGCCAUGUGCAUUGACCAAAUUCUGGAGUUAG